CCCAACGUCCCGGGGCGCGGCGAACCCAUUCGCCUUGCACUGGAGGAAGCGGGCGUAACGUACAGCGACACCGCUAGCUCCUCCACGGACCUGAUCCGGUCCGAAAUGUCUGACAAAAAUAUGGGUGACACUUUCAACCCCCCAUAUUCGCUCCACCUGUCCUCCGGCACGGUGAUCGGUGACAAAGACGGGCACGGAGCUUACCACGUCAAUGAGCUCGCCCUCACCGCUCUUGACGGACUCAGCAACGAGGUUCACGAGACACACCAUCCGAUCGCCGUGGGACUGUAUUACGAGGAUCAGAAAGAGGAAGCCAAGAAGAGGGCCAAGGACUAUAGGGAGAACCGGCUCCCUAAAUUUUUGGGCUACUUUGAGAAGGUGUUGAAUGGAGAGGCGAGUGGGGAUGGACCGUGGUUGUACGGGGGCAAGUUGACUUAUGCUGAUUUGGUACUAUUCAAGACACUUGACGGUGUCAAGUUCGCAUUCCCAAAGGCGGUGAAGACCCUGCACGAUAGCGGCAACUACAAUCGCGUUUUCAUUCUCUAUGACGCUGUCAAAAAGAGGCCUAAGAUCAAGCAGUAUCUCGAAAGCAACAGAAGGCAGGCGUACUCCAACGGCAUCUACCGGUAUUACCCCGAGCUGGAUAAUGAGUAG